AUGUACAACUGGUGUUCACCCUUCCACCGUGAUCCUCUGUCUCAUUCCCAAUGGUUUGACGUCAUGACCAGCAUCGGCAAUUAUGGAGGAGCAAGGAUGAAGAUGCCUAAUAUAGGCAUUGAAAUUGUGUAUGAUUCAGGUGCCAUGGCUGUUGGUUCAGGAAGGAUAAUCAGGCAUGGGGUAGAUGUGGUGGAUGGUGACCAAAUAGCUUGGGUGUGGUACAUGAGGGAUGAUGUGCAUGAGUUUAUAGAUAUGCCCCGAGCUGACUACUCGAGGUACGAGUCAAUAGUCGGCGACGCUAUACACAGGACUUGA